CCCUCACCCACCGACCUGAACAACCCACCCCUACUACAGCUACCUCACACACCCAAAGAUCCCCAAAAUGUUCUUCGGCCUAAUGCCCCUGAUCAAAAUGACAAUCCUAAUGAUAAACGCAAUAGCGAUCCUCUCCGAAGACCGAUUCCUAGCAAGAAUCGGCUGGAGUACCGCCACCCCCAUAGAACCACAAUCAUUCGGAAUGCAGCAGCAGAUCGUCGCGAACGAGAGCAUUAAGGCUAAGACUAUGAAUUUGAUUUCGGCGACGAGGACCUUGAUGAGGAUACCGCUCAUUGGGAUUAAUUCGCUGUUGAUUGUUUAUGAGCUUUUGCUCGGGUAGAGGGGGAGGGGUGCGGGAGCUACGGUGUUUACUAGGGUGGGAUCGGAGGUGGUGGGUGCUAGACUACGGUCGGAGUGAUGUCAUAGAUGGAAGGAUGGAGUGUUGCUUUGUUUUGCUAUAAUGCAUAGGGAAUGAAAUGGAAGGCUGCUGGAAGUUGCUUUCCUUGUCCUUCGGUUUCUUCCACGCUGCUGAGUGGGCUUUCGAUUGUACUUGUACGAUAUGCUUGGAGUGCGUUCGUGGCCUUGAUUGAAAUAUUGUCUCUAUAUC